GAGAGAGAGAGAGAGAGAGACUCAUUGGCUUUAUUAAAGUGAAACCGAGCUGCUCUGAGGGGAGUCGGGUGUAAUUUAGAGCUCAGCUGACUUUAUUAAAGUGAGUUGGAUCCGAUUCGGAGUUGAUUAAACUGCUUUCGGUUUCUCGGCGAGGAGCUUCGCGAUAUUUUGAUGAGUGAGAGCAAGGGAGGAUGGAGGACAGAACCUUACUGCAGAACAUCCGCCGGACCACCAAACCCAGCAGCCCUGUACUGAUCAUCUCCAAACUGAUAGCGAUCGCGUUGCCCAUCGCUCAGCUCGUCAUCGGUGGGCUGUACCUACACGAGUGCCCCGUCCAGCCGUACAUCCCCAUCUACCUGCUGGUGUCUGGGGCGUUUUCGGUAGUUCUGGCAGUCUUAUCAUGCCUGCCCUGUACGCAGGAGCCGGAGGACGGGAGUCAGAGUGCCCUCAGCAGCCUCUGCACCGCCUGGAAUUCGCUCGUCACGCUGUUCCUCUUCUGCUGGUUCAUCGCAGGCAAUGUGUGGAUCUACAGCGCAUACCAGCCGAGUUAUGACCCAACCGCUUCAGAUUACUGCGCUAAGGUUCUCUACCUGUUCUCCUUCUGGACCACCACAUUGGUCUACAUCCUGCUCGGAGUCGCCCUCGUGAUGGGCUGCUGUGGGUUGCUCUGUAUGUGCGUGUGUGGGAGGUCCGACCUGAGCAGCGACUCCGACGGUGUCUAACUGACCACUUCUAUGUCCAGCUGCUGUUUCUGAACGGAGGAACCUUUGGAGUAACUAAGAUGAAUGUUUUUUGUUUUGGGGUGGGGGGUCACAUUCAGAUUUAAUCGAAAGAUUGGUUGAAAAAAAGAAUUUGCAACAUGUAGUUCAGCCGAGACUUCAUGCAGCCUGUCGUGCUAUUUGGUGUUCACUUCCAUCUCUCGUUAACUACAUAAGCCUCGAAUCUUUCGUGCUAAUUGGUGAGGUGUCUGCAUCCGUAACUACACUGUGUGUUUAUGUAUUUCUCAAAUAACAGUCCCUCCCACUUCCCCCAGAACCCAGGCGUCCAGCCGAGAUAUGGUACAGUUAGCACCAUGCUAAUUGGUGGGCUGCAUGAUCUCAUUUGUUAGCUACAUUAGCCUUGCAACUCCGUGCUUUUUGACUGGGUCUAAGCAUCUAUGAUGAAACCCCACGCUAACGGUGGAGUGAGUGCUUUUAUUACCUGUUGGAUGCGCUAAUUGGCAAACGUCAGACACCAAAUACGUCUCGGCUGACUGGUUUUUUUCUGAGGUGUCGCUUUAAAAUCUUUGGUCAAUCAUGCAAUAAAGCUGCCUUUAACGCACAGCUCGAACAAACAUGCCAUACGGCUAACGCCGUAUGGAAGCCGUUAGCCUGUUGGCCUGACGCUGUUUGUGUGAUGCUAAUCGGUAACUAUUAACCUGCACUUAUUGUUAGCGACAUUAGCUUUUUCUGCCUGUUCCUGCAGCUCAGAUUCAGCACAUCUGCACUGUCCAGCUGUUUUUGUUCCUGCGGUGUCUGUUUAUGAAUAAACACACUUUAUAGCUGUUUGUACACAAUGAA